AUGCCACACGAAGGAAGCACGAGGGCUGGCAUACUGCCAGGUUGCCCAAGCCUAGACAGGGAAAGUCGAGAGGCCAGAGGUCGGGUUCGAACCACGGACCUUCCGGUCUGGGAAGUUACCCGCCACCUACUGAAUCUUUACGACUUGUGGCGUCGUUUUGAUGAAGCCAAUGAGAUGCCCAAUUUGUUGCUGAAGAAGAUUCCCCGUCCGGUGGUUCAACCACCUCACAAUCCACAAUCAUCCUCUUUCCCCAAUUCAUCCAAUGUCCAACCAAAUGCGAUUACCGGCGGCGGCAGUGGAGCCAGCCAAUCGUCGGCCAGCCUGAGCGGGGGAGGUGGACAAGGUCAACAACCGCCUCCGCCUCCAGGCCAUACUGCAGCUCAGCUCCUUGCCGCUACAACCGUGGGAGGAGCCGGCAGUAGUGGGGGUGGCUCCAACAUAAUUACCGAAGCGCAACCGCCGCUGCAUCAUCACAACCAACCCACGAGGACCGCUCCAGGAGGUGGACAGGUAAAAAAAAAUUCGUUCAGCUGUAGCGCCUUUUUGCUGCCUAACUGCCUUGCCACCCGAAGGGAGCAAGAGGGCUGGAAUAGUACCAGGUUGCCUAAGCCUAGACAGGGGAAGUUGAGAGGCAAAGGUCGGGGUUCAAACGUGGACCUUC